AGGUGAUAAGGGAGCCGUCUUUACUAGGUGGGGUAGAAGUGACUGUCCGGCCAAUAUAACUACGAUGGUUUACUCAGGUACUGCUGGUGGGUCGUAUUACAGCCACACUGGAGCUGCAGCAGAAUACGUGUGUAUGCCUGAUGAUCCCAUCUGGGGACCAAACAAGAAUGUGGUGUAUAGCGGAUCUGUCGGUUACAUCUACGGGGCUGAGUAUGAGGCACCAAGUGCUCUGUUUGGAAUGUCGGAUUUCGCAGAGGAUGUACCGUGUGCCAUCUGUCUUGGUGAACAAUACACCGCCUCUCUCAUGAUCCCGGGUAGGACACAAUGCUACCCAGGGUGGACGGAAAUCUAUCACGGUAACCUAGCGUCCGGUUACCAUGGUCACGCGGCAGCCUCACAGUACGCAUGUGUUGAUGAGCAUGCACAGGCAAUCCCCGGAGGAGGUACCCACAAUGAGGAUGGAAAACUGUUCUACGGCGUGAAGGCUAAAUGUGGAGCUUUGCCUUGUCCGCCGUACGAGGACAGGAACUUCCUCUCUUGUGUUGUCUGUAUGAAGUGAAAAAUAUUAAUAUUGAGAAAACACAAAUUUAAUUUUAACUUCGAUUUGAAUUUGUCUUGUUUGUCUCAG